UGCGGCUCGAAACAAGUAUUACACUUCGACUCAUUGAUGUAAUUAGAAUUGAUAAUAACAAAAAUUAAGUUCACAUGUUACUUUGAGUGUUUUUUUGCUCAGUAAUAAAAAAAACUAAGAAUUUAUUAUUUAUUGAAAAAAAGUGUCAUAGUGUUGAUAAUUAUCACAUUAAUUUUACCGGAAGUUGAUUUUCUAGUUCUAUUUAACUCUAAGUUUCUCGAACCAGAUCAUCCAAACUCAUGACUCACAAAGAUAAUGUUAUCUUUAAUUCUUAUUGCUUUAUGUCUUUGAACAUUUAGUUAUAAAUUUAGUGUAUAAACAAUAUAACUCUUUGGAAAUUCAAAAUGACCCUAGGGCCAAGGGAAAUCAUGAGAUCUGAUGAAGUUGAAGGCCAACUAUCAGGACCAGCUCAUCCAAUACCUGAUCAAUCAUUAGAUUGUGGAUGUGGACAGAUGCGAUGUCCUAAAUUGGUCAAAUAUGCCCCGAGAAAUUUUUAUGUUGGACUUAUUUGUUGGAUCGGAGCUAUUCAAGGUGCUGCCCAAGCUUAUUUUGGACUUACUAGUCCUGUUAUUGUUCGAAGGUUUAACUUUCCACCAGAUAUUUUAGAAUGGUUUUCAUUGUUUACUGAUGGUUUGAUACCACUUAUUCUGGCUCUCCCUAUUGCAUAUUGGGGUGACAGAAUCCAUCGAGCAGCAUGGACUGGUGCUUUAAUAUUGAUUCAAAGCGUGGGUUUUCUUACUUUAAUUAUUCCGCAUUUUACUCAUAAUUCGUCUCGUGUCAUUGAAGAAACAACCAAUACAACCCAUCUUUCAAUAUACGCAGAAGAUCAUCCAGAAUUAUGUGCAGUAACUGGUUUAGCUCGAGUCUCUGUUGAAGAAGAUGAAAUUUGUUAUUUUACUUUACUCAUUAUUAUUAUUUCCCAAAUACUUAAUUGGGUGGGAAAUAUUGCAUAUUUUGCUUUAGGAAUCUCUUAUUUAGAUGACAAUACGCGCAAAAGACACGUUGCUAUACCUUUAAGUUUUAUUAUAGCAUUUAAAUUAAUUGGAAUGUUUUUUGGAUACCUGUUAGCUUGGGGAUGUCUUCAAAUAGAUGCUGAUGAUGUGACAUUAAAGGUUGCAUCUUAUAGAGAACAAAUAGGAGGUUGGUGGAUUGGAUGGCCCAUCUUGGCAUUUUUGCUUGCUCUUCCUGGUAUACCAGUUGCCUUGCUACCUCGACGACUUCCUUCAGAGAUUGUUGAACAAGCAGCAGCAUCAAUACUGGACCUUGCUGGACGUACAAGUCCAAUUUCUGAAUCAACAAUUUCUGGAGACACUAAGAAAUUUGGUGAUACUGGUUACUUUGCAUCUCUCAUUAGACUGUUUACAAAUAAAAUCUUGAUGUUUAACAUAUUAGCAAGUGCAUUCUGCAUCGCUGCACUUGUCAACUUUGCCAUCAAUGAAGACAUCUUUCUAGAGUCUCGUUUCUAUGUACCUCGACCCUCUGGUCUACUUCUAGGUUUUGGAGAUCCUUUAACUUCUCGAGUCGUUACUAUUUUACUAAGACCAAUUAUAAUUGGAACAUUCAUUAUUAUAUCUGGUAUUGUUAUUGUCAAAAUGAGACCACGAGCCAAAUGGCUUGUGAUUUAUAAUAUAAUUGUUGGAAUCAUUGCUGCUUCUAUCAUCUUUUCAUUAGCUUUUAAUGACUGCAAAAAACCUCCCAUUGAAUGGUCGAAUUCUAGAGGAUCGAUUUCUUUGUUGAAAUACUGUAAUAGAAACUGUAGAUGUUUGAAUGAUGCAAACUUUAGACCGAUCUGUAAUAUAAAAAGUUCAAGUGUCUUUUAUACUCCAUGUCAUGCUGGAUGUACUAGUAUUGAUGAUUCUGGAGAUAUCAGAAAAUACCUUGGAUGCAGCUGUAUUGAAAAUAAUGAGGCUAUAGAAGGUCCUUGUGAAUCUUCAAUAUGUCAAAUAGGAUGGAUUGUAUUUGAGAUCAGCACAAUCAUUGUUUAUACAUUAAUAGCAUCUGGAGCAGUAUCAUGUGCCAUCAUAGGCUUACGAUCAGUCUAUAUUCAAGACAAAGCUUUAGCCAUUGGAUUAUGGAUUGUCUUGACUAGCUUUUUUACUUACCUUCCUGGAAAAAUGCUUUACUGGAAACUUACAGAUAUAACCUGUAUUCAUCGAGGGAAUUCACCUUCUUCAUGUCAUCUAUAUGACUCUGAAAGUCUUGGAUCUUAUUUGGCCUGGCUAACAGCGUUGUUAUUGCUAUUUGGAGUUUCUUUUGAGAUCAUUAUGUUUUUCUUCAGUCGAAACUUGAGAUUAUAUCGAGAAAGUGAAAUAGAACUCAAUGAUAUAAAUCAAGCUCCUACUCAAGCUAUUCCAUUAGUUGAACAACCCAUUCAACAACAAAAUCCUCAAGAUGGUUCGUCAUCUCCUGAAAUAGAUACUACUCUAGCUGUAGUAACGACUACUGAUCCAGAACCACAACCUGCCACCAGUACUGACGCUGUCCAAACAUCAGCACAAUCUUCUAAAAAUUUAAAAGAAAAUGGACCACUAAAAUAUGGACCUUUAGGACCUGGAAGUCCACGAAAAACUCAAAUUCUUCCUACAAAAGAAGCAAAUACUCCAAUCAGUGACUCUGAAGAUACUGAUAGCGAACAAAUUCAUAAUAGGCGAGCUCCCAUUUCAUUAUCAACAAUAAGUUACAAGCGUUUAGAAGUAGAUUCAGAUGAAAUUAGUGAUUCCAGUAUGGGAUCAUCAAGACGCAUUCACUCUUUAAAAGCAUCUUCUAGCGCAGUAUCUAGGGUUUCAUCAGAAACACCCAGUCUUCAUGCUGUAGCGGGAUUUUCUGCUACCGAUGAUAUUCAGUUUACUAAAUUUCCAAAAAAGAAAAAAGAUUUUUCAUAUUCUGGAGAUUUUAAUGAAGUUGGGAUACCUAUUGUUGAAUAUCCUUUAACAUCAAUGAACUCCAGAAGUAUAGGAUCUAUCUUAGCAUCUUCAAAAUCACGGGAUCAAAUCAAAAAAUUUCAGAUGAAGCAAGAAAAUUAUAAAAAUAAGGAUGGAAAUGCUAAAGGGGAUACUAGUAGACCUUUAUCACCAGAAUAUGCUUCAUCAGGAUUUGAAAGUUCUACUUCAGAUGCACAGAAAGUGAUAGACCAAAAACCUUCAAUGAGUGGUAAAAACAUUUCUAAAUCCACUUCUAAUCUACCUAAUCCAAAACCUAAAAUUUAUGGAUAUACGACUGCUUUGUAGAUGUUGCAAUUGUUAUAUAAUAAAUUACAAACAUACAAGUAAAUUUCAAUGAAGAAAGUUAAAUUCAUGAUAAAAUUAAUUAUCAUAUAAUAAAGUAAUAAUUAAAUUAUUUACAUAAUUUUUUAUAUCUUACUUAUUUCAGAUAUUUAUUUUCAAAAUAUGUACACUAGCAACUUGAAACUAAUCUACUUAUUUAUAAA